AUGUCUCCUUCCAGCUCACAAAACCAGCCAAGCGGCAGCCGCAGAGCUCGAGCGAAAGUGUCAUACAAAGAGGACAAGUCUGACGAAUCUACUGGAGAUGAGUCCGGGAAAGAUAGACCACGGACCAGUAAGAAGAGGAAAGCAAAGGCCGCACAGCCCAGUAGCAGUAGCGAAGAGGAUAUCGAGGGAGAAGACCUGGACAGCGAUGAGCUAGAUGCUGCGCCAAAGUCUCGGAAGAAAGGCACUGUCAAACGAAUCAAAGGUCCAGCCUCAAGCAAACGCAAAGAUAAGCCCAAGUCGACCACGAAGAAACGAAAGACGGAUUCGGGGAAUGGAAACGAUAUCGAUUACUCCCAAGAUGAGGACGAGGACGAUGAUGAUAGCGUCGAGCUUGGAGAGGGCGAAGUCUUUGCAGGCAAGAUCAUACCGGCUCCUAAAACAGGCCACGUACCUCCAGGACAGGUAUCUAGGAACACCUUCAAGUUCUUGGUCAAUCUUCAAGAUCCAGCAAAGAACGAUAGGGAAUGGUUCAAAUUGCAUGAGCCGUCAUACAGACUAGCUGAAAAGGAAUGGGUGGCAUUUGUCCAGGCUGCUAUUCCGAAAAUGAGACAGGUCGAUACGGAGCUACCGAUGGUACCACCGAAAGACCUUAUACACCGGAUUUAUCGAGAUGUACGCUUUUCAAACGAUAAAACGGCAUACAAACGACAUUUCUCCGCGAGCUUCUCUCGGAGCGGUCGUAAAGGGAUUUGGGCUGGUUGUGAGUGGAAUUUGCACGUACAACCGAGGAACAAAUCGAUCCUUGCUGGAGGUGUCUGGGGGCCUGGCAAGAAUGAGCUGGCAUCCAUCCGACACUCAAUACAACAAGACUCUGCUCCGCUCAAGCAGAUUCUGAGCGAGCCCGAGUUUUGCAAACAGUUUGGCAAAUUUGAUCCGAAAUCGGGCGAGAGGUCGAACGUCUUCGGACAUUCAGACGCAUUAAAAACGGCCCCAAGAGGCGUGGCCAAAGACCACCCUGAUAUCGAGCUGUUGAAACUCAGAAGCGUAGCAGCAGUGCAUACUUUCCUUGACACCGAGGUGUUGGACCCUGGAUUCAUGGAACGGUUGCUCAAUACAGCCCGAGCCAUUCGCCCCCUCAUUACCUAG